AUGGCAGAGUGGGUUGAAUUUCGGAGCACAAGCGGGUGUUCCGGAUGGAGUGCGCGAGGCGGGCAGACGACAGGGUUGUUUCACCCAGGGAUGAAAGCGAGUGGGAGUUCAGGGGGUGGUGCGGUUGCCGUUGGACUGGGCGUUGUUGGAGUGGCAUUGGGUACAGAGACGUGCUACUGCAUCGUCUCGCCCGCCGAGAAAUCCGGUAUCAUUGGCUUUAAACCCACACGCGGCUUGCUGUCUUCAAAGGGCCUGAUACAUGCAUCUAAACGUCUCGACACCGUUGGCGUACUCGCCCGCACUGUUGCAGACACUCAACUCGUUUUGACCACUUCCAUUAACACAUACCUCACCUCCCUGAACACGAACCCACAGAACAUCACCGAUCUUGCCUCCCUCAUCGCUUUCACAAAAGACCACCCAGCUGAACAGUACCCGCACCGAAAUGUCGAGGGCCUCGAAAACGCACAAGCCGCGGAUACAAACGCUCCAUUAUACAAAACCAUGCCGGAGAAAAACGACUACUUCAUCAACGGCGAAGGCGGGAUACAUGCUACCUUGACUGCAUGUUGCGCGGACGUAAUGAUACUGCCAACCUUGAGUCCAACAAUGCAGACGCUGGCGGCCAAAGCGGGAAGUCCAGUUAUGAGUGUGCCUAUGGGUACCCUCCCGGCGGAUACAGCGGUGGAGAAGGAUGAAGGGAGUGGGUUGAUAUGCCCCGCGUAUGCGUCAAGCGCCGCUGCAUUGAGUGUGUAA